AUGGAGAAAGUUGUUAAUAACUGCUCUAUUUAUCAAUACGCAGACGAUACAUGUCUGAUAGCAGCAAAUAAAGAUGUAUCAGAAGCCGAAAGUCAAUUACAAUUAGAUUUUGACAACUUUUGCAAAUGGUCUCACGAUAUGGGUGAUUCUGCUCAUUUCGCUAGCAGCGGUGUGGGCGGCAGGCGGUUCCUGUCCCCCCACGUUGCCGGUGGACAUCUGCGAGGCCACCUGUGGACCAGCCUCCCCAUGCAGCAAUACUACGCAGCUUUGCUGUCCGACUGCGUGCGGGGGCGCAAUACAUCUGCGAGGUCACCUGUGGACCCGUCCCCAAUGCAUCAACUUUACGCAGAUGUGCUGCCCGACUGCGUGCGUGGGCACCGUAAAGAAGGCAAAGCACAUUAUCCACCAACCCACCAGAUGGUAAGCGGUCAUCGUGACCUCCUUGGCCAGUGGACAUUUGCGAGGCCACCUGUGGACCGGCUACCCAAUGCACCAUCUCUACGAAGAUGUGAUAUCCGACUCUGUCACACAAAGGCAUUUUGUGCAAUUAGAAGAGCUGAUGGAAGCUCUGAUAUUCCUCAGUCGCUUCUUACGACACCCAAAGAAAUAAAGGGGCGGUUAUAUUUACAGAAUAAGCUGAGGAGCGCGAUGGCGCAGGUGGUUAGCACGUUCGGCUGCGAUUUGAAGAAAGGCCGCUGCCCAGAGUACCCGCACGGGGUGUGGGUGUGCACACACUCCUGCACCGGCGACUCAGACUGCCCGCGCACGCUCAAGUGCUGCCCCAACCGGUGCGGCGCGCUCACCUGCCAGCGACCCGAGUCGGAUGAAGUGCCAGCACCGGCUGCGUAG